AACUUAUAAGAGUGUGGUUCAUGGUUAAUGUACUUUUCUGUCAACUCUUGCUCUUCUUUUGUGUUCUUGGGUGCAUAUGUAAGAGGCAGACGACGCUCAACAUGGCGGCGUGCAAGGUGCUACGUUUGCUGGCCACGCCGGGUCUGUCGGUGAGUGUGCCUGCACUGCACGGCCACACCAGGAGCCUUGUCCAGCGGGCCAGACUCCUGCCAGCCACCGUCCAGAUCCGCAACUAUGCUGAGAAGAAAGUGUUCCAGCGAGACAAACCUCACUGCAACAUUGGUACAAUUGGGCAUGUUGACCAUGGCAAAACAACCCUUACUGCUGCUAUUACUAAAGUCCUCUCUGAGAAGGAAUUAGCACUUGCCAAGAGAUAUGAUGAGAUUGACAAUGCUCCGCAAGAGAAGGCGCGAGGCAUCACCAUUAAUGUUGCUCAUAUUGAGUAUAGCACUGAGAACAGACACUACGGCCACACGGACUGCCCUGGACAUGCUGAUUACAUCAAGAACAUGAUAAUUGGCACAUCUCAGAUGGAUGGAGCAAUUCUUGUUGUGGCUGCCACUGAUGGUGUGAUGCCUCAGACUAGGGAGCACCUUCUUCUGGCGAAGCAGAUUGGCAUUGAGAACAUUGUGGUGUUUGUUAAUAAGGUUGAUGCUGCUGAUGAGGAAAUGGUUGAACUUGUUGAGAUGGAGGUUCGAGAGUUGUUGACCGAAAUGGGUUAUGAUGGUGACAAUGUUCCUUUGAUCAAGGGUUCUGCCUUGUGUGCAGUUGAAGAAAAAAAUCCUGAACUAGGAAAGGAUGCUAUUGAAGCACUAAUGGCUGAAGUUGACAAACACAUUCCAACUCCUCAGCGAGAGUUGGAGAAGCCUUUCAUGCUUCCUGUGGAGAGCGUGUACUCCAUAGCAGGUCGUGGGACUGUGGUUGGUGGUCGGCUGGAAAGGGGAGUCAUAAAGAAGGGUAUGGACUGUGAGUUUCUUGGGUUUGGAAAGAAGUUCAAGAGCACAGUAACAGGUGUUGAGAUGUUCCACCAAACCUUGGAAGAGGCACAGGCUGGGGACCAGAUGGCUGCCUUGGUGCGUGGCCUCAAGCGUGAUGACAUUAUAAAGGGAAUGAUCAUGUGCAAACCAGGAACUAUGAAAGCUCAUGACCAUGUGGAGGGACAAGUAUAUGUCCUGACCAAGGAGGAGGGUGGCAGGACCAAACCCUUCACCUCCUACCUGAACAUGCAGGUGUACAGCAAGACAUGGCGGGCCAGUGCUCAGAUUAUCAUCCCAGACAAGGAGAUGGUGAUGCCUGGGGAAGAUGCUAGGCUGGUGAUCCGCAUGUUCAAGCCUAUGGUGCUGGAGAAGGGCCAGCGCUUCACCUUGCGAGAGGGAUCUGUCACCAUUGGCACUGGAGUCUUUACUACCCUCAACAAGCCACUCAAUGAGGAAGAGAAGACAUUUUUGGUAGAAGGGAAGAAGUACAGAGAAAAGAAACUAAAAGCUGCAGGCAAAUAGGUGAUUAACUGUUUCAUGUUUGCAGGAUUUUACUCAAUACUUGAUUUUACUGUGCCAGAGAAGGACUCCUCUCAUUUAGCAUUGUGUUGUCUUUGUCUUCUAUUAUGGGAAUUUCUUAGCAUUGUGUUUGUGGCACUGGGUAACUAAUACAACUAUUCAAAUGCUUUGUUGGAAGUUGAACUUAUACAUACAUUUUGAUUUCCAAUUUCUGCAAGAGCAUUGGGAUUUGAGUAUGCCAAGAGCCUUUAUGUUUAUUCCCUCUUCAUCAUUGAAAUGUUUCACUCACUGAUCAUCUUAGUUUUCUUCAUUCACAUUACUCUUUAUCUCACUCUUUCUGUUGAUAUUUUGUAAUUCAUCAACAGAAUGUUACUCUUAAUUCUGCCGAUGAAAUAUUAUGUUUGAUUGUAAUAAAAUAAUUGCGUUAAUCAUAAGUUUGUGUAUUUUUUUUUCUUUCAUGAAAAUGAAUAAUGGAACUCCAGGUAUUAAGUAAUUGAAGUAUCUGAAAAUAAUGAAGAAUAUAAUUCUACAGGAAUGGUGUUUACUUCUUGAGGAGAUUGAUGGAUAUUAUCUUGUGCCUGAUAGGAAAAGUGGAUGCUCCCAGAUGAAAUGAAUAAACAACAGCAAUAACUUCAAAUAAAGCAGGAAGUUAAUUGAUCAUGGUUUGCACAGGGCAUGAAAGCCAGCUCAUCCAAGCCCAUCCAUACUCUUGACAGGUCUUCUCACUCACUUGAUGUAAGAACAUUUUUGGCCAACAGAUUUUCCAGUAAAUGGUAGAUUUUAGAGUAGGGAAGCACAGCCUGCUGAACCUUGUAUUUGCCAUAGGAAAUGUAUUUUGUAGAAUGAAAAGAUGAAUGACCACUUAAUUAAAGCCUGUUUAUCUCAUGAAUUUUUUGUAUCAGAUCUUGAUAUUUCUUACUUGUAUGUUGAUACGAUAGAGGAGUUCUGCUUGGUAAUUCAGAAUAUAAGACAUUUUAUGUCAGAUUGUCAAAAGAAAAUCUCAUCACAUAGUGUCACAUAUAGUGGCAUAAAACUGAAAUACAGAAUGGUCUAGUUAUGAAAAGUAUUUGUAAAAUCCUGACAUGUUCUGUUGAAUCCUCUUGUAAUCUUACUUUUUUUUAUAAAAAUUCUGUAAAUAAACUAGUUAUGUUA